GCCUUUUUGGCAGGUGGUCGCUGGCGGAAUGGCGGUUGUGGCUGCAGUUCGGGGGUCCCAGGGAGGGCGGCGCCUCUGGCUCGGGAUCCCUCGGAAGGCAAAUCUUGGCUGGAGUUCCUCGUCCUUCUUUUCAUCCUCUUCAGUGCCAACAACCAAACUGUUCAUUGAUGGCAAGUUUGUUGAGUCCAAAAGUAAUGAAUGGAUUGAUAUCCACAACCCAGCCACCAACGAAGUGGUUGGCCGUGUCCCAAAAGCCACACAGAGUGAGAUGGAAGCAGCGAUGGCUUCGUGCAAAAAAUCUUUACCAAACUGGUCUGAGACGUCAGUUCUGAGUCGACAGCAAGUCUUCCUGCGAUACCAACAGCUCAUCAAAGACAAUCUGAAAGAAAUUUCAAAACUGAUCACUUUGGAGCAAGGGAAGACCCUGGCUGAUGCAGAGGGAGAUGUGUUCCGAGGCCUCCAGGUGGUUGAACAUGCUUGUAGCGUGACGUCCCUUAUGCUGGGCGAGACUCUUCCUUCCAUCACUAAAGACAUGGACACUUUCACCUAUCGUUUGCCUCUGGGUGUGUGUGCAGGCAUUGCACCCUUCAAUUUCCCAGCCAUGAUUCCUCUUUGGAUGUUCCCCAUGGCCAUGGUGUGUGGAAACACGUUUUUGAUGAAGCCUUCAGAGCGUGUGCCAGGAGCCCUCAUGUUCCUUGCCAAGCUGCUACAGGAUGCUGGUGCCCCUGAUGGAACACUGAACAUCAUCCAUGGGCAACAUGAAGCUGUGAAUUUUAUUUGUGACCAUCCUGAUAUUAAGGCCAUCAGCUUUGUAGGAUCUAAUCAGGCUGGAGAAUAUAUCUAUGAAAGGGGUUCCAAGCACGGCAAGAGAGUGCAGGCCAAUAUGGGAGCUAAGAACCAUGGAGUGGUAAUGCCAGAUGCAAAUAAGGAGAACACCCUGAAUCAACUGGUUGGAGCAGCUUUUGGAGCAGCUGGGCAGCGCUGUAUGGCAUUAUCUACAGCAGUCCUGGUGGGGGAGGCUCAAAAAUGGCUUCCAGAACUGGUGGAGAGAGCAAAGAACCUGCGAGUUAAUGCAGGAGACCAACCUGGAGCAGAUUUGGGGCCCCUGAUCAGCCCCCAGGCGAAGGAGCGUGUCUCUCAACUGAUUGACAGUGGAAUAAAGGAAGGGGCAAGUGUUCUCCUUGAUGGACGAAAGAUCAGAGUGAAAGGUUUUGAAAGCGGCAAUUUCGUUGGACCGACUAUCCUUGCAAAGGUCAAGCCUAAUAUGACCUGCUAUAAAGAGGAAAUCUUUGGACCAGUUCUAGUGGUUAUGGAAGCAGAGAGUCUGGAUGAAGCAAUUGAAAUAGUAAAUAAGAACCCGUAUGGGAAUGGAACAGCCAUCUUCACCACUAAUGGUGCCACUGCUCGGAAAUACUCCCAUCUAGUGGACGUUGGACAGAUUGGUGUGAAUGUUCCAAUUCCAGUGCCUUUGCCAAUGUUCUCCUUCACUGGCUCUCGUGGGUCCUUCAGGGGAGACACCAAUUUCUAUGGCAAACAGGGGGUGCAGUUCUACACACAGCUGAAGACGGUUACCUCUCAGUGGAAAGAGGAAGAUGCCACUGUUGCCAAGCCUGCCGUAGUGAUGCCAACCAUGGGGAACUAAAGCAGCUUGUUAUACUUGCUGUUGAAAGUAUUCACUUACUAUGGUGCACACUACUUUGGGAUGUUCCCUGUUGCCAUUGUUGCUUCAUUUCAGAUCAAACUAGCCAGGGUCCUUUAAUACAAAAUUGAGAUUUCCCAUUGAUGUAUCAGAAAACUAUGCUAUUUUUUUUUCUUGUAGAGGAUAUAUUCCGUCAAUAACCAGGCAAAAGCAGGAUCGGCUUCUUUUGUCCCAUCCAUGUGACAUUGUUGAGAGUCCAAACUCUAUUUUCCAUGGAAUGUUAGUUUUUAAGAACCAGUUGCUGCAGUCGCUGCUAUUGCUCUAUUCACAGCUCAUGUGUCAUCUUGCUGUAAAGAUGUAAUUCAACGCUUCCCCACCACUACCAAGAAAAUCUGGAUAUCUUUGAGAAAUAGGUUUUCUCAUAACAGGACUGCACCGUACAAUGUGGGAGAGGCAAAUCCUGACUGGCCCUUAAUUCUAAUCAAUAGUUUUCAAGAAUCUUACACACAUGAAAUAGCUGUUUCAACGCAUGUCAGUGAAAUCUCAACUUCAUUCAGAACGUUCAUUUAUCAUGUAUGCAGCCAGGCAUUAUGAUAACUCCAUUUCAAAAUGAACAGAUUUUCUACCUUACACAGUGGUGUGCCUGCCUACCAACUAUUCAUGUACUGAAUAUUUUUGGAAUCAGACCUUUUUUCUGGGAGUAUGAAGACCACUGUGGCACCGGAAAAGCAGAAAGAAUUUUUUAAAGAGCCAAAUGUUUUUAUCAACAUCACUUUAACUGGGAUCCCACUUUCCAUUGCACAAGUAUAAGUGGAGAAUGUUAGACUCUAGCACUACUUGCAAGAAAGUUUGUCAUCCUAUAUAUUUAGGACACAUACAACACUUGACAAGGAGGAAUUGGGUUACGCAGCAAGAGGGUAGUGUUCACAGGUUAGCUAUGGGAUGACAGUGCUACUCCUUUUGGGCUUUGUGAUUUUCUGUUAGUUUUUAAACUCACAAGAUGUUUCCUUGCUCUUGGAAAUUAUGCUGUUGCUUUUUGUUGUCUAAUCAAACAAAUUGGAUUUAUCUGAUAUUCUGCAUUUGUAACUAGCAAGUGCUUAAAUUAAACAUGAUCAGCACUAGCUGAAUUGGUUAUUCCUCUGUAUGCUAGAAGGUUUCACAUCUGUGUUAAUCAUGAAUAAAAAGCUAUUAAAUGCAGAA